AGCGUCUCGCACACCACAAUAGAAAGUGCACCGCCGGCGGUGCCCCUUCCUCCUCCUCCUCUUUUCUGGACUCACAGGGGAUCGUCGGCCACCUUUGGUAGAAACGACAGGCCAGGGAUAACGCGCGACUACUCGAUACCUUCCUUCCUUUCCACCUCCUCGUCCCACCUCUUCGCUCCGCUGACCGUCGUCUCUCCGCCACUUCUGUUUUCUUUUCACUCUCGUGAAUCCCAACGUAAGUAAAGGUACGCAUGGAGCACAGCUCCCAGAGAGGCGUGCCCGCCCCUCUGACGCUGCAGCGUCUACUCGACACCAACCAAGCGACGGCUGUCGUGCCCGGAGUACUGUACUUCGCCACCACCGGCGAGUGCCUCUCCUGCUCCUCCUCUACCGCCGCCUCUUGCUCGAAGGAGUCGACGUUGAAGCAGAAGCCAGCGUGUGCUUCCGACGCUGCUGCGCCCACUGCGGUGAUCGCCGAUGCGCUGCGGAACUUCUUUUUAAAGGAGAACCCGUGGGUGGAAGGGAACUUCAGUGCAAACACAGGUGCGGCGGCGCGGAGCAGCAUUGCAAUCCCCGCAACGAGUGCCGCCAUCAGGACUGAUGCCAUCUUUGUGGCGCCGCGCAGCAUCCCGCCCUACGUGUACCGGCCCUUCUUUGCGGAGUUCGGCCCGUUGGAUCUGGGCUGCUGCGUGCACUUCGCGCGGCGUGUGCGUGAGCUGCUGCGCGCUGCCGGCCACGUGGACCUCGCCGCUGCAUCGGGUACGUCUACGCAGGGUAAAGGCAUUCCUGCUGGUCUAUACAGUACGAGGAACACCUCAGCGGGCGAUAUCCAAGAUAACAGCACCCACAGCAGCAACAAAGGUACAGGGCGAAUCCCAUCGCCUCGACCUCACGGAAUCCCAUCGUCCUCGCCACCACAAGCGGCUGCAGCCGCAGGCAGCGGCAACACCCCUUCUUCUUCCGUCCCCUCCUUCGCCUCGAGCUGCACCCCACGGACGCUGCCUGUUGUCAUUUGUGCCAGCCUCAACGCGCAGGAGCGGGUGAACAUGGCCUGCCUUCUCGGGGCCUUCUGCGUGCUCGUCCUCGGCUGGUCGACGGCGGCGACGUGGAGUCGAGUCUUUGCGGAUGUCUACCCGGGCUUCCUCACCUACCGCGACGCCAGCACCGGUGUGUCGAACUACCCCCUCACCCUGCAAGACGUGUGGUCGGGCCUGGAGCGGGCGGUGCAGCUCGGCUGGGUUGCCGUGGACAGCUUCGACCUCGCCGCCUACUGGGAUGGCAAGGAGAAAGAUUUCAGCUGGAUCGUGCCGCGGCGCUUCGUGGCGAUGAGCUCCCCGCAAGACACGGAGCCGCAGCGCACGGCUGAGGUGUUUGCGCGGCGGCUGCGCGCCAUGAACGUACGUCUUGUCGUCCGCCUCAACGACAACCUGUACAAUCCAGCGCCGCUGCUCCGGCUUGGGAUUCGGCACGUCGACCUGCCCUACGCGGACGGCAGCACGCCGAACGACGCCACUCUUCUGCGGUUUCUGCAGGCGGUGGAGGAGCACUUCGGCGAAACCGUCGUCCCCUCCUCGCUGCGCCAGUGGUGGUCGGUGUCGACGGUGGCUGCCGGGGGAGCAGCGGCGGGCAGCGUGACGCGCACAGCGAAGCACGGCCAGCCCUCGUCGUCGUCACGCGCCGCAUCAGCAGGGACGUCUACCUCGCGCAGCAGCGGCAGCUGCUACAAGGGUAAAGGUGCGAAGCCGCCGCCGCCGCGCUACGCCGCGUGCUCCUCGUUGCACUCCGGCAAGUACCGCGGCAUGCCGGACACCCGCACCGUUGUGCCGCGGCGCACGACCAGCGCCAGCACCCACACCUCCUCCUUUCUCCCCGCCGCAGGGGAGCCGGGCGCGGUGGCGGUGCACUGCCUCGCCGGUCUCGGCCGCACCGGGACGAUGAUCGCCGUCUACGUGAUGCGGCAUUACGGCUUCACCGCGCGCGAUGUGCUGGGGUGGAUGCGGCUUUGUCGCCCAGGGAGCAUCACGGGCGUGCAGCAGCAGUACCUCGACACCCUCGAACGGCGUCUCCGCCCCUCACCUUACGUCUUCGCCGCUCAGAAGCUCAGGGACUUGGUGCAGACGCUGCAGCAGCAGGCGUCGCGGUCAGCCGCAGAGGCGGCCACGGCGGCGCGGUCGCGCGCUUCCUCCACGGCGUCUGCGGUGGCGGCAGCGUUGUCCGACGCGGACUCCCCAUACAGUGCGACAGCGGCAGCAGCGGCGGAGCUUUCGCUCGACCUCGCACGACCGCCCCCGGCGAUGAGACGAACAGGCAGCGAGCACGCGCUGGCACGCGGGCUGCCGCGCGCCGAGCCGGCCUUGCUGAAGGAACAGCUGUGGACGACCGCUGCGUUUCAAACGCACGGCAACGUGGUCGGGGACGCCCGACCUCUUACCAGGCAGGACAGCGGCCUCACGCAGGACCGCGACGGCGGACAGUGGGGGGAAGGCGCAUGGAGAGGCGGGGGACCGCCAGGACUGCUGCUGCGUGUAUCAUCACCUCAGCAGCAGCAACACCGUCGCAGCAGCACCUCCAGCACCCUCUCCUUCUCCACCAGCCACCAGAGCAACACCGCCCUCGACGCCGUCUCGAGCAUGCCGGUGCUCGGCGCCACUGCGGCAAAUGAGCGAUUUCGCGAUAUGGACAACACCGGACACCUCCCCGCCGCAGCCUUUACGAGUGGUCUCUUCAACGACAACCUGGCCAGCAGCACGCUGAACGACGCCACGGUGCCCGCCUUGCCGCGGGCAGGGGACUACAAGUACGCCUCCACGUACUUUGUGGCUCUGGAGCGCGCCAACAGACGAUCAUCACCGCGAGGCGUCACCAACACGACCUCAGCCGCCACCAAUAACACGAACAGCCGCGGCAAUAGUAGCAGCAACCGCAUCGGUGCGUCGGCGGGCACACCGGCGCGUGUGUCGUGCCCAACGCGAGGGCAAACCGCAACGGGUGCGGGUAUCCGCAGCGCGGUGGCAGCCGUUACCGGCACCCCCACGAUGCGUGCCGCCACCGCCAACACAACGUUUGGGGGUCGCCACAACCGACUCGCCAUCCUUCAGCAGCAGCAGCAGCAGCAGCAACACUGCUUGGCAUCAUCGCAAUCUAAGUGCAUCAGCACGGGCAAUGCCGGCGGCCCCGAUCCGCUCGGCUGCGACCACUGCCGUAGUCGAAAUCUCUCUCUUUCCACCCAGCAGCCCAGCAGCGUCACCAGCAUGACAUCGUGCAACAGCUGCGGUGGUGGUGGUGGCGGCGGCGGCCGUUGGAGUGGAAGCGGUGGUGCUACUGCGACGGAUGGCAGCGCGACGAUGAGCGGGAAGUGGAGCGCCAACGAUGUCGAGACACCGCGGAGACAACAACAGCAGCAGCGCCGUUACUGCUGCCCUACCACGGUGGUCAACGCGCUUGUCCUCGGCACGCCGGAGCCGCCGCACGACGGGCACGCGCCACGGCCGCGCAAGUCACCGCAUAAGCCAGACCGCGAUGGUCCGCGUGGACGGCGACACCCCUUGCUUCGCAGCUCGUCUUCGUCGUCGAAGGUGAGUACGUCAUCGAAGGACAAGGAAGACGCCGAGGGCAAGCCGGCUCAUGCUCUCGCGCAUGUGGAGGCGGAGGGGAUGCAUACGCAGGGCUCGACGUUGGCACGUCUUUCGCCGGUGGUCCCGCCCGUCGUUCUGCCGUUGCGUGGGAUGACGGACGGCUCUGUCAAGUCGUUGUCCCCGCGAUCCGCGACGAUUCCAGAGACGGUGCUGCCCUUGUGGGGGCGGCCUGUGGGGUGCGUCUAA